UUACUCUGCUUCAAUUUUAUGUUCUCAAUUUUUCCAAAAUAUGUUUUUCAUUUGAAUAGAAUGAGCAUGAGAACACCCAAGCGGAAGAUGUGAGUUGCCACCAGAGCAUAGAGGAGAUGAGGAUUUUACUUGCAGCAGCAGAUGAAAACAAUUUAAUACUUCAGGACUCAUAUGUUUGUAUCGAGUCUGAACUCAGUAAGCAGGAGAAGGAAAUGAAGCAACUCAGAGACACAAUAUCAAGGAAUAUGGAGGAAACAAGAAUGUUAGAAAUGAAAACUCAAAACUUAAAACACCUCACAGAGUGCAUCCUCGAAGAAUUUCCAGAUCUGGUACAGAAACGUCAGGAAAUGGAAAAUGAAGAGUCAGCUGACCCUGACAGGCUACUGGAAGAAAGCCAAAGCAAACAGGCAGGCAAUGAGCAAGUUGGUUCAAGUGGCCAGGCUGAGCAUCUCGAGCAGCAUUCUUUCACAGAAUCAAGCUCUAGAAAACAGUGUGAAAGGCUAAGUGAACAGAAGAAUGUGAAUAUGCAAGAGGCCAUCUAUGAGAAUAUGAGUCUGGAGCAAAUGAAAAUUAUACUGCAGCAAAAAAUGGAUGAGGCCAUACUGCUUGAUGACAUUUAUGUCAACUUAAAGCAUCAAGUUCUUAAACAGGGCAAUGUGAUAAGGGACCUUAAUGAAGAACUGGAGGUGAUAACAUUGGAAAAGAAAAAGCGGGAGAGAGAAUUUCACAGAUUAAAACAUCUCACAGAAUGUAUCCAAGAGGAAUUUCACACUCUGUUAAAGAAGGAUCAGCAAACGGGAAGGGACGAAAGAGAUGGAGAAGAUCCUGAGUCAAGCAAUGCGAACAUUUCUGACUGAAGAAGAUGGAGCUGCCCUUGUGCUUCUGUUCCAAUUACCGUGCAUGCUUGACUUUCACUCAUUCGUCCACUUCUCAAAUGAGGACACUUACUAUGAAUAUGAAACACCUCAGUUGUGGCAUUGGUUCUCCUGGAGGGGCCUGCACAUUUCAGGGUCUUUCCACUCAUUGGAAGACUUUCACUAGCCAUGUGAUUGCUGAUAUAAACCGUAUGAUUGGUGAACAUGCAGUAAUAAGAAUUACUGAGACAAUACUUACACAGACUAAUUCAGGACUAGACAUAAUAUUCAAAUAGCAGACAAUUUGACCUCUGAAUUUAAGGGCACUGUGAUUUACAUAUUUAUUAAAAGUGUCUUUUUUGCAUAAUAGAGCUGAAGUGAAACCUACAAAGUGUUUAUUAAAUUUUAUAUUGGCAAUUUAUAUAUUGGCAUAGUAGAUUGGCAGUUUCACAAGGCAUAACAAGUACCAAGGCUGAAAACCUGUAUGUGUCUUUUGUCAAUUAAUUGCAGAAAAAAAUCCCACUGUAUGUAUACAAGAGGAGAUUUCAUAAUGCUAGAUGACAUCUUGGGGUUGUUAACAUUAGAGGAGCAUGGUUCCUUUUUAAAAGUGUUGUGCUUUGCAUGCUAAUUACCUUUUGGAGAAUGCAAACAUCUGUGGACUAAUCAAUAAGGAAUUAUAAUCCUGUGGAGGAAUGCUGCGAUUAGAGAGAUGUUAGAAUAAAAAAACCUCCCAGAGUCAGUGUAACCAGUAAGAGGUCACAAGAGGGGUACUGAAUUGAACGUGUUCGUUAGUCUCUUGGGCUGGUACCGAUGACGAAGCACUGGAAUCAAGCAAGGUCAGAUCUGCUCAAGAGUUUAUUUUCAACUAGCGAUGCUCAGGAAAUACGCAUUAAUAUAUGAACCACUUACCUCUAAAGGGGAUCAUACAACUGGUCAGCUGACUCAUAUUGGGAGGCAGCAUGUAAACUUACAGAAGUUACAAACUUGUUGGAACCUGAGAGGACACAAGCAAUAGCCCACCAGGAGGAUGUUUAGUGAGCACCUUGACUGGAGAUAAUCAUUGGUAUGUUAUGGCUCAGGACUGAAUUCAUGAAAGUUCCAGCAAUGACGUCUUGAAAUUGUAUCCUAUAACUUUGAGAGAGCAACCUAGAGCCCACUUUAAUAAAAGAGUCUAAACAGUAAAAACAAUUUCCUUUCUUGCUCUGUUCAGUCAAGACGUCCUCUCUGGUGUUUUCCUGUAAAACUGGUCUAUUCUAGAAAUUGGUCACUGAUAAAGAGUCUACCACGUUUACCCAUCCCCAGAGACAAGCACUGGCACUGUCCUGUCCAUUGCGAUUAAUUUUCCUAAUUUUGAAUUCAUCUGGUUUACAUGUUAUGCCCUUUUUUUGUAAGCAAGAAAAAAUUCAAAAAGCACCAACUUUUAGGCGAUUGGUUUAUAAACUGGACUUCCGUUAACGGUGUUAUUUGCUCAAGUAAGUGUGUAUAUGUGUGUAGCUGUGUUUGUUAAGGGUUUCCAAAAUAGUUCCAAAGGCAGCUAAUAGAAAGUGUUGUGAAUUUAGUGGGACAUGUAUACAAAAAAAGUCACAUGGUCUUAAGUGUCUUUGUUUUAAAGGUGUUAGUGAAAAUCAAAGCAAACCAUUAAUACAAAAAUUGAUAAUGCACACAAAAAAAUCAUUGUCUAUGAUGUUUCUGUUUAAGGAUUGAGUAUCUUAAUUACUUCUCCUUAAGUUUCUUUAUGUUAUCAUUAAUAUAGUGUACCAAAUAUACAUUAUGACAUAUAUCA